GAAUGUACGUCAGUCAGUCUGCGAUUCAGCCAGUUUGAUGACAGUUGUUUCGGUCAGCCAUGUUUAUUUCUACGGAAUGUGUAUGAAAUGGUGGUAGUGAAAAUAUCCAAAAAAUUGUGCCAAUAAUUAAUUACCAAAGCAUUGUGCUUGUGGAGUUUCAAUGUGUUUAUUGUGUUAGUGAGAUUUACAUACGGCCGCAAAAAUGAAUUGGGGGACAGAGCUUUGGGAUCAAUAUGAUAACUUAGCCGCCCACACACAGAAAGGGAUCGAAUUCUUAGACAAGUACGGCAACUUCGUGAAGGAACGCUGCGCGAUAGAACUAGAAUAUGCAACAAAACUCAGGAGGCUCGUGAAAAAUUACCAACCGAAACGGAAAGAAGAGGAUGAAUACCAGUACACGUCAUGCAAGGCGUUCAGACAGCUGCUGCAGGAGUUGGGCGACUUCGCGGGCCAGCGCGAGGUGGUGGCCGAGAACCUGCAGUCCAACGUCAUCAGGGAGCUCCACCUGCUCGCCAAGGAGCUGCGCGAUGAGAGGAAGCAACACCUAAACGAGGGUGCGAAACAGAUGGCGGUGCUGAACUCCGCCAUCGGUGGUCUGGAGCGGGCGCGGCGGGCGUACGAGCGGGCGGCGCGCGAGUCUGAGCGAGCCCUGGACGCCUUCCAGCGGGCCGACGCUGAUCUCAACCUUAGUCGAGCGGAGGUGGAGAAGCAGAAGGCGAACAUGAAGGUCCGCAGCCAGGCGUGCGAGGACGCCAAGCUGGAGUACGCGGAGCAGCUGCGCAAGAGCAACGAGCAGCAGCGCCUGCACUACGAGCAGCGCCUGCCGCACGUGUUCAAGCAGCUGCAGGACUUGGACGAGAAAAGAAUAAAAAACAUAAAGAAUUUUAUGUUGAGUUCCGUGGAAGUCGAACGAAAAGUUUUCCCCAUUAUCAUGCAGUGCCUAGACGGAAUGGAACACGCCGCUAAAAGUAUAAAUGAGAAAGAGGACACACAGCUAGUAAUAGAAAGGUACAAAUCAGGCUUCGUCCCCCCCGAAGACUUUCCCUUUGAGGAGCAGCGCGCCGGCAGCGACAUGACCGACUCGGCUCCUGUGCACCUGCCGCAUCUGAACCAUCUCACGGCCGCCAGAGGCACCGUGUCGGGGAACAAGAUCAAGAAGAGGGGAGGACUGCUGUCCAUAUUCAGCUCUAAUAAGAAGAUUGUCGAGGCCUGCAAUUCCCUGAAGAACAAUAUAUCUACGGACGGAAAGGAGGAUUAUUCAGACUUGCCACCAAAUCAGAAGAGAAAGAAACUUCAAGCUAAAGUCCAGGAAUUAAGUAAACAGGUGGCACAAGAGCAAGCUGCGAUGGACGGCCUCAUGAAAAUGAAAGGAGUUUACGAAACCAACCCCACCCUAGGAGAUCCCAUGACUGUCGAAGGUCAACUGAACGAGUGCUGCGACAAGCUGAAGAAGCUCCGCGCUCAGCUGCGCAAGUUCGAGGAGCUGCUGUCCGAGGCGAGCAGCCAGGUGUCCGCGCCGCCCGCGCCCCGCGCGCACCCGCAGGCGCCGCAGGCCACUAGCAUCGGGUCGAACAGCGAGUCGCUAUCCCGCUCAGCCUCUGAGUCCUCAGUCAGCACGGGCACAGCCGCGGGGGGCGGCGGGGCGCGGGCGGCGGGGGGCUCCCCCGAGUCCGGCCUGGGCGGGGAACUGGCUGGGCAGAACAUUGAACAUACCAACGGAGAUGAUCAUGAUCACGAGUCUGACUUUGACUAUUACUACGAGCCGGAUCUGCAGCCGCUCGGGUAUUGCAAGGCGCUGUAUCCGUUUGAAGCAAACGGCACCGGGUCGACGAUGCGCAUGGAGAGCGGCGAGCGGCUGCUGGUGCUGGAGACGGACGCGGGCGACGGCUGGACGCGCGUGCGCCGCCACCACACGCGCGAGGAGGGCUUCGUGCCCACCACCUACAUCGCCACCACGCUGUACGCGGACGCGCACUAGCCGCGCACGGUAUCAUUUAACAACAGUUAUUAUUUAAUUUUCGCGCUUGAUGAAGCUCGAUAUAGUGGGUGAAGUGUAGUGCGUCCCUUUCUAACCGCUGAAUGCGGCCGAAAUAAUGGACUGGAGUGAGUGAGACCACUAUACAGACAUUGUGCAAUCUCAGCAAGUCAAUACGUUCACGUGGCCUAUAAUGUAGUUACAAGUAUUUUUGCUAUAAUUUAUCGUAACGGAAAUCUUUAUUGUUAUUUUUUAUACGUAGUCCCUGAUAUUCCGAUUAAUGUUUGUCUGUCUAUCUUCCUGUUUCCCUGAAUAUUAUCGUAAAAUGUUUACCUAGAGAAUUCCAAUUAAACUGUUUGAAGCAGAAUUGUUUACAAACGAUAAAGUAAUUUAAUCUAAUGUUUGAAGUUUCAUGAAUUCACAGAAAUGUUACUAAACCUUACCUUUUCAAGAAACUCUUAUGAAAUUAUUAAUAGGUUGCUAAGUAAAUAUUAAUGUAACGGUUUGUUUACAUGCUGUAAACGUUGCCUUAAUUACGGAAAUAUAUUAGACAAAAGUUUAAAAUCAUAAUAACAUUCCAUGAUUUAUUUAUUGUGUAUAUUGUUAGUUAUAUGACAUACAUAUUUUCAUGUGUGCUGUAUAGCGGUUUAGGAUAGUCCGUAUUGUAUAACUUGUCUAGAUCUUCAUCGUGCCAGCUGUUUAUGUGUUAAGGCUCUAAUUUCGUACUUAUGAUAGUUGUAUUCCAAGCUUUCCACGUGAUUCUACGCUCGAAUUACAAUUAUAGCAAAAAUAGAUAAUGAUGUUAAUUUUAUGAAGUGUAAAAAUGUAAACUUUUAUAAAUUUAUCUCAAAUUAAAAUAUAGACUCAAUAGAUGUAUGUAAUGAAAAUGAAUGAUAAAUAAUGGAAUGAUCUAUUCAGUAUCACAUGUUGUAUUAUAUAAUUGCUUAUGUUAAUUGAAAUUUACAUAGUUAUAAUUGCUAGCUAAAUGUCGUAAUUAGCCGAUGCUAUUUUCUGAAUAUUUGCAAUACGCAAGGGAAGCGAUAGUUAUGUAUUUAAAAUGUGAGGAAGUAUGAACGGUCGCAUUUGAUUUUUAUAUAUAAAAAUAAAACUAUAUGAGGACAUUA